AUGGCUAAAUUUGUAAAAUGUCGUGAAGUUUUGAACAUUAUUCGUUCAAAUUCGUACUCAAAAUUGCCACAAUUACCACCAGAUAUUAAAACUAACACGAUUUACGUUUUGCAACUGAACGACAAUACUAAAGGUGAUCUAACAAAAGCCAUUCUUCGUGACACACCAGUAACUCCAAAGUCAAUCGUACGUUUAAUUGAUCAACGUGUAAAAUAUCAAGAACCAUCAACAGUUUAUCGUGAACUAAUCUCAUCAGCAGUGGGUGUUUCCACAGUGAAAAAUCCACGACAAGUACGUUACCUCUUUCGUCACAACGCAUUUCAUGAAUAUCCAUCGAUUGUAUUAUGUUAUAUUAUUCACGAGAGCAAACAACAGCAAUGCCACAUUGAACUUGUUCGAUUCAUUAAAGAUCAAUGUCCGGAAUUAGAUAAAAAAUCGAUAAUUGUGACAGAUAAUGAGAAGGCUUUUAAGAACUGUUUUGCAAGUGAAUUUCCAAACAUGAUCCAGUUAAGGUGUUGGAAUCAUCUUUUCAAGAACAUAUUUCGACGUACCACAAAGUACCUAAAAUCAAAUAAGACUAAUGAACCACAGACAGCCUCAUCCGGUGAGAACUUACAACCGACGACAACAACUGAUAAACCCCCAGUUGAAAAUGACGAAGAAUUAAUGACUGAUGAUAUGGUGUUCUACAUGAUGAACGAAAACUUGAAUGAUGAACAUGAUUAUUGUAAACCAAUGGUAAAUGACGUCGAAUUUGAUAUAAUCAUAUCCAUUCCAGAAUCCAAAAAGCAAAUGGCCCGUCGAUAUGUCAAUGAUUUAAAAUUUUUAUUAUCUCAGAAUUCAUCUAUUGAAUUUGAAAUUGAAUUAUCAACUUUGUUAAAAACUUGGACAGAUGAUUUUAUUGAAUACUUCAAUAAGUAUAUUUAUCCAGAUAUUAACGAAUUAGGCAUUUGGACAGUUAAAGAAAAAAAUAUUGAACAUUUAUUUAAUGAUUCUAUUACGAGUAAUAUGAUUGAAGGUGUAAACUUUGUAUACAAGAGUGUUACUGAAUGGAAGAUGAUAACUUUGGAUCGAGCUGUGAUAAUCUUCAAUUAUUUACAAGGUUACUAUAUUAAUGAAGUUCAACGUGGUUAUUGUGGUCUCGGCGGGUAUACACUAAAAGAAGAAUACGCGAAGUUAAAAAUGGACAAAUCAUUAUUGGUUUUACUUCAAAGUUAUGAUCCACAUGAAAUUGUGCAGCAAGUUAAACAAUUGGAGCUAGAUUUUAAAUCUCCCGAUGGAUCAGAUAGUGGCAAUCUUAAUAAAACACCAUCGAGACCGAAGCCAUUAUCACAACAAGAACUUGCUUUACAGUUAGUCAAUAGUGAACGGGUAAAGUUCAUAGAGAACUUAGGGAUCUUCACGGUGGAAAAUAUGUCACGAUCUCAAGUACAUAACGUUGAUAUUAAACAUUAUCCAGCAUUUAAUUGUACAUGUGAAUUAUCCAAGAAAAAUAAAAAAAUUAACUGUGUUCAUAUAUUAGCUGUUAAACGUAAAAUGAAUAUAUCUCUGACAACAGUUCAAGUGAAACAGAACUGUGGGCUGCUGAGAAAAGCUCGGAAUAAAGAAGCUGGAAUUGGAAUAACUGGACGAAAAAAGCCAAACGAAUGGGAUAAAGAAAAGAUGAAUGGAACUAUAGUUUCAACGCACAAAGGGGUGAAGAUUUCAGCGAACACCACGCCAAAACGUGUUCUAUCUACAUCUGAUCCAGACACGAUUAUUCAGCCAGCUCCUCCACCUAAACGAUUAGCGAUGACUGAUAUGACGAACACUCAACCAGUUUGUGUUUUUUUGCGUUAA